AUGCCAUCCGCGUUCGCGCUGUCCAUAGUCGCUAUCGCGAUUACGUUUGCCCCAAAGGCUGUCACAGGAAACAUUCCCUCUCUCAGCACUAUAUACGGCAUGUUCGUCCACAAAGAUGACUACUACAUCCGGCUAGGGAACGAAACGCAACUCCCUAUUUACACCUUGAAGCUCCCCGGAUUGUCGCUCUACGUUAUCAACUCACUCCACUUGAUACAGCGUAUCGACCGCCACAUCACCACCGUUGACUUCGCUCCUCUCCAAGCACAAAUGUGCAAGAAAGCCAUUAACAGCUGCUUACGCAGCUUUCCACGAACCGCCGCCCCGGGCGCCAUGCCUGGUCCCGGUCUGAACGCGUUAGGAAAAGUGGUGGUGAAGACCUUUACGGACACCUUUGACCGAAUGGAGUCCCAAGGGGGAAUCGCUGUUGACUUAUUCGAUUGGGUCAAUCGCGAGACACUCUGCGCCUCGACGAAUGCUUUGUAUGGACCUCACAACCCGUUUCGCGACCCCGAAGUUGAAAAGGAAUGGUUCGACUACGCAAGUGGCCUCCUUACGAUCUUUAUGGGUAUUUUCCCGAAUAUCCUCGCUCGCCGUGGUGUAGAGGGGAGAGAGACUAUGGUGUCUGCGCUAAUGAAGUACUUCCAGAAGGGCCGGCACCUCGAAGGCUCUAUGUUCAUUCAACUUGGCCAGAAAUAUAAUGAGAGUUUCGGUUUCACCCUCGCGGAUCGAGCUCGUGUCGAAGUCGGGCAGGUAGCUGCAGCCAUCUUUAAUACCGCACCGGGUGCCUUUUGGGCCGUGUGGCAGGCUCUGGCAGACCCCGUCGUAUUCGAGGACUGUAGACAAGAGGUGACUCAACUGGUGCGAAAUGAUGCCGAUGGCACAAGUACCAUCGACCUCGCCCGCAUCAGAGCGGAAUUUUUCCGGUUCCACGGAACUAGCAUAGCUUUCCGACUUGUCCAGGAGGAUACUCUCAUCGAUAACCAAUAUCUCUUGCAAAAAGGCGGCGCUGCACUGAUGCCCAACGCUGUUGUCUACUGCGACGAGUCGGCCAGGAAUGAAUCUGCGAAGCACCCUGCCACCGCGUUCCGUGGCUUUGGCGGUGGCCAUGUUCUAUGUCCCGGCCGUCAUUUUGCCAUCUCCGGAAAAUGGUCAGAGCCAAAGAAGGACUUGGUAGUGGGCAAAGCGUUGCCUAUUCCAAAAAGUCGUCUGAAUGUCAAGUUCGUUUCAAAGCCAGGUCGCAAGUGGCGGACUAUACACUUGGCCAAGGACGCUACAGAUAUAUCAUCCAAGGAUACCUAG